GUUCCGCAGAGUUUUUAAGUACCUAAAACCUCAGCCUAGGGUUUAACCUCUCGAUGUCUGCCCUCCUCCGCAACCGCCGUCGUCUCUUUUUCAAAAAAGUCCCUCUCUUUUGCCAAAUUCAAACCCGCCUCCUCUCCAACCCCCAAAAUCAAAAUCCCGAUCCAAAAUCCAAUCUUUCUGCUCGCCUCUCCUUCGUCUUCGACCAAAUCGACGCCAUCGACAACCGUACCUCGGAAAAGUUCGACGCCCUGCAGCGAAUCCGCCAGUGGCGCGAAGGCAGAACCCAAAGAACCCCAAGUGAAAAGGACCCAGAUCCGAAUAAGGAAGAAUCGAAGGUCCCAGAUGAAAAUUUGUUUGUUAAGAAGAAGGAUGUGGAGGUUGUGCAUCCAUGGCCGGAGUGGAUUGAGCUGAUGGAGAGGUUAGGGCAGCAGAACUAUUUUGAUCAUCGGCGGCGGCCGAGCGAGGAGAUAGUGGCGGAGAGCGUGGGGAUUGAUUUGAGUGAGGUGAAGGAGGAAGUAGGGUUUGAUUUUUCGAGGGAUUGGAAUACUGUGAGGAAUGCGUGUAUGAAUUUCGGCAAGGAUCGGUUUGAUAUCUUGAGGUCUUUAUCAAAAAAAGAUAUUCAAAUAUUAGUCGGUCAUGGGUGUCCUAGCAUGGAUCCGAAGGUUGUUUUCUCAUCCAAGCUGUUAAGGAAGUACACUCAUCUUGAUGAGGGAGAUGUAUGUAGUUCUUGCAGCCUAAGGAAUUCCUGUAGUAGAGGAUACAUUCUCACACUUAAAGAGGAUGAGGCACGAACUCUUGAUGUAAUGCGCGUCUUAUUGACAUAUGGCUUUGAUCAUGUAAAUGGAGCAGUUGAAAACAAACCACUCAUGCAAAUGAAAUCUGUCAAAACUGUUGUUCGCAAGUUGCUACAUGAGAUUGUCAAGUUGAGUGCCAUCCCAAUUGACCCCAACCUUCCACCUCCAGUGAUCAAGAAGCCUCCUCCUAAAGUAAAGCAACCUCCACCCCCACCUAAGAAACGAGUAGGGCGUGAUGAUGUUGAAAUGAAGAAGGGAGACUGGCUCUGCUCCAAGUGUGACUUCAUGAACUUUGCAAAAAACACUGUUUGCUUGCAAUGUGAUGCCAAACGCCCUAAAAGGCAGCUUCUCCCAGGGGAAUGGGAGUGUCCACAGUGCAACUUCUUGAAUUAUAGGAGGAAUAUGGCAUGCUUCCAUUGUGAUGCUAAGCGACCCCCAGAUGAGUUCACAGAGAAUCACUUCCAGCCAAAGCAACAUGGCUUAAGGAUGCAGGUGGAUAGAGCUUCCAGAGCGCAAGAGGUUUCGAAUGCCUGGAACUUUGACUUUGAUGACAACGAGUCAGAUGGUGCUGAUGUUGCAGCCUUUGAGUUUGCAGAUUCAAACAAAGUCGGCCGUGGUUCUGAUCUUGAUGAGAGAUUUGAAGAUGAUAUGAGGACCUCCAAAAAACUUCCAAGAAAUCAAGGAAGAGGCAGAUACUUCUCAGAUGACAAUGAAAGGAAAUCCACGUUACCUUCAGACAGAAUGGGAUUUGAUGAUUUUGAUGAUGAAGAGGAGGACGGUGUGGAUAGUUAUGAGCUAGAUGGGUCAAAUAGUCAGGCACGUGAUGUUUCAAUGAGGAACUUUUCUGAGGUUGAGGAUGCAUCAGAUUCAGAAGAUUUUGAUGACUUAGAUCACCGUACUAACUUUGUCCAGGGUGCUAAAGGUUAUACAUCUGGCUCGGAAGAUGACGACCUUGCUGAUCAUCCUCAAUUGAAAUCUAGUCACGUUGCUGAAUCUUGGCGAAAAUCUAAAAGAAGAGGUGGAAGAGCUCUGGGUUCUGAUUAUGAUGAUGACGAUGACGAUGUCAUGGAUGAGGAUUUUGGAUCCAAAAAGAGAGAGAACAAUAGACACAGUUCGAGUAGGAACGGUAUUGGUAGACAUGGAGGAGAUUCUGAUUCGGAUGAUGGGGUCGAUUCAGAUUCUGAUGGUGAUGAUGGCAACUCAUAUUCUGGAAAUAAAAUGAGAGAAAACACUUUCAGGAAACCCAAUGAUUUUGGUAAGGAAAAUAGGAGGAACAAAAACAAUAGAAGGAAUGAUGAUUCAGAUGAUGGGUUGCUUCUAGAUUCAGAUUCUGAAAGUAACUCAUUUUCUGGCAGAAAUAAAAUGAGAGGAAACAGUUUCAGGAAAUCUAAUGACGUUGGUAAUGCAAGAAGAGGAGGAUUUAGAUCAGAUGAUAGGAGGAACAACAACAACCGAAGGAAUUCUUUCAACGACCAUAAUGAUGAUUUCUCUUCUAGGGUUUCUCAUCGAGGUAGUUAUGGUGGAAGGAGAGAAAAUGGCAGAUUCCAGCGUUUUGAUAGAACAAACGACGGGAAUAGGAGAAAUGGGUACAGUGGGAGGAGAGAAAAUGAAAAUUUUGACAGUACUAAUGACAGGAAUAGGAGAAAUGGCUAUGGUGGAAGGAGAGAAAAUGACAGGUUUCAGAGUUUUGAUAGGUUUGAGAAUGGUAAUAGAAGAGAAAGAUCUAAUCAAUUCAGUGAUAGGUCAAGAGGGCCAAGGAGGGAUGAAAUUGGAUCGCGAGGAAAUGGGUUCAAUAGCAGGCGGUGAAAAAAACCAAAUUUAUAGGUUCAGCGAUCAAAACAAAAGCUUAUGUGAUGAUAAUGAUAACGAUACUGCAAGGAAGAGUUGGGAGGUUGAAUUUUGCUUUCGGUGUGAAUACCAAAAUUUGCGAGUUAUUGAAACAGAAUCCAUAACACUUACCCAGGGAAUCAGGGGAAUCAGGGAGAUUGCUUUUCUGAUAUCUUUUUUUGCAGAAAACAAGCAUUUAUUUAUCGCCAAAAGGCUACUCGGGAUCUUUUUAUUUUCCCUUUUCCUUUGUAUGACGCAUCUCGUUCAGUGAGCUGAGCAUGUAUUAGUGAUAUAGAAGUGUAACUUUUGGUAAUGGGAAAUGUAUGUAAUUAUACUUACUGAAGCCUAUCUCAGGAUUGUAUGUUUGUUUAUCGACGGAAGAUUAAUAGUAUCAGAGGGUGAAAUAUAUCCCCUGCAUCUUUGUUCGA